AUGAUCGACGGAACACUCCUUCCUUCCUGGUUCCGGAUCCUCCUACUGGGUCUCAGCAUCUACUCAUACAUACCCCAGCUGCAGCUCCUCUGGAAAACCAAGAAUAGCUCCGGUCUUUCUCUUUGCUAUCUACUCUUCAGUCUCAUAUGUGCGACAGAACAGUUUCUCCUUGCAUUUAUAUGCAUUAAUAACCCAGAUCCCAAUGUCUUCGUGGAGAAUCGCGGAUCCUUGAGAGACUGGUUGAACUUCAUUCAAAUAACGGUGGUCUGGCUACUCUCUGGCCUCACAUUCACACUAACCCUAGCAUAUCCCUCCAACUCAUCCUUCCGCCAGAAGCUCUACGCUGCCUUGUGGUACAUCAUCUUCCUCCUCCUAGCCGUCCUCCCAGCAGUAUGCAUAGCCGUUACAACAGAUAUGACGAAAGAAGACUCAAGCUUCGAGGACGAGGUGCUCUUUGUGAUGAUGAGUAGCGUUCAUGUCAUAUUUGUCAACCCCGUCACGACAAUCCUCGCAUUCAGCGCCCUAUUCUGCCAGACACCGAAACUGCGGAAAGGAGUGUCGCCGCCACGAGUUUUGAGUCUUCGAGGACUCGCACUACAGACAGGAGUAUUCUCAGUUCUUGCGCUGACUUGGCCGUUCCGGAUCAUAUAUCUCGGUCCUGAGUGGGAUAUUCUAUCAUCGUGGUUUGCGCUGUUUAAUUGGUAUAUGUUGGUCGGUUGGGUGGCUGUGGACUCUGCGGUCUUUGCACUGGUUCAGGGGAUUCUGUUGUGGUUGGCGUGUAGGAACAGGAAGCACUGGCACUUGGCUGAGGAUGGGGAGACUGAGCCGUUGCUGGCUAAUGGGAGAUGA